AGACAGUCGACGAUCGACGUCACGGCACGCAGGUAUCGUGGUAGAGCACAGCCACCCACUAUAAUAUACUUUUACUUUGCAAACAGUAAUCAUCCUCUUGUGUUCAAAGCCGACACGUGCAACGGAGUGAUAGUGAUCGGCCAUAUUGUAGUUCCGGGUACCUACGCGCAGCCUGAUACCGUUAUUUCGGUGGUUCCUUCAUGCGGUCUUUCAAAUUUCGCGACGACGUCUUUUGCGAAUCAGUGUCCAAGCUGCACCGCCGACCAGUGUACUGUGUUUUCGAAGUGCGUUUUUUCAAACGCAUUGCAUAAUCAAUGACAGAAAGUGUGGCCGUCGUCAGACGAGAUGGGAAGUGAGCACUACUGCCUGAGGUGGAACAAUCAUCAGAGCAACCUUCUCGGCGUUUUCAGUCAGUUACUGAGGGACGAAAGUCUAGUGGACGUAACUCUGGCCUGCUCGGAGGGCCAUUCUAUUAGAGCUCACAAAGUAGUGCUUUCCGCUUGCUCUUCCUAUUUCCAAACACUUUUCGUAGACCACCCCAGCAGACAUCCCAUCGUUAUCCUCAAAGACGUGAGGUUCGCUGAGCUGAGAACCCUCAUUGAGUUUAUGUACAAAGGGGAGGUGAACGUGGAGUAUUGCCAGUUAUCCGCUUUACUGAAAACGGCUGAAAGUCUGAAAGUCAAGGGUCUUGCCGAAAUGACUAGAGAAUACAAACCUCUACCAGAACAGCUGGAACCCAAAGAACUCACCACCCGAAGAGCGGUGACUCCCGAUGAAAUGGAAGAAUCUCAACAUUCCCCUUCUUCGGUUCAGAAUUUAAGGAUAUGCAAAUCCCCGUUAGAACGAGACAGAGAUCGCGACCGGGACAGAGAGCGGGACAGAGAACGGGACAAAGUGAAAGAUGAGAAGAGAUCUCCGUCUGUAGAAAAUACUCCUCUCCCCGCGUCUAGUGAUUGUGGUGCUAGUGAUAUGACCAUUCACAAUAGUAAUAAUUUAGCUGCAACAUGUUCCUCAAUUAGUCAACCUCCUAUUUGUAGUAGGCUACCGUCGCCUUUGAACUGUGAACCUCUUCCUGGUCCUUCGAAUUUGCCUCCAGUUCAGCAAGUGCCUCUGAGUCUGAAAAAAGAAGUUGAUUGGGGAGGAGGAGGAGGAAGUGAAGAAGCAAAACCUCUCGGAGAUAGCGCCUCUGAUUACAGCCGCAAUCCUCAAGAUUCCACGAGUAUGGAAGUCGACCGCUGCAUCGGUUCUCCAGUCCCAGACCGCCCUUCCAGCACCCAAAGCAGCAGAUCUUCAACCCCCUUUGCCCUGCCAUUUCCAACCAUUCCAACUUCGCUCCUAGAAGUGGGUUUGAUGCACCCCGCUCUUCUUGGAGAAGAAAUGUUUCGGUGUUCUUCGUGCAUGGCAGCGUUUCCAUCGUUGUGGCUUCUGGAGCAGCACACUGCUCUACAGCACAUAGGAUCCAUAAGCUCUUUGGAUAAGCCAUUUGUGUGCGAGCAGUGUGGACAGAGCUAUAGGUAUCGAUCUGCAUACGUGAAACACAGAGAACAAAAUCAUAGGGCCAGACUUCCUGCCGAUAAACUUUUUUCCUGCGAUGUCUGUGGCAUGCAGUUUCGUUACCUCAAGUCCUUCAAGAAGCACAGACUAAAUCACGCACUUGAAAAACUCCAUGGGAAGAGCGGAGAUAUCCCCAAGGAAGUGAAGAAUACCGCUGAAGAUGAGAACGUCGAGGGUAACCAGGAUAAUAGCAGCGACCAAGUUUCCAGCUCUAACGAAACCAUCAAUGUCGAGGAGGAAAGCAGUCCUAUUGUUGUCAAAACUGAAAAUAUUUCGGAUGAUGUUGCAGCCGAAGGAACGUCGUCAGACGCCGAAAAAACCGAAGCCGAGCAAGACGACACCAUAGACUCCAUAGCCUACUCCUUCCAAGGUAACCCCUCCACUUGCGCGUCCGAACUACUACGCACUUCAGAGUCAUCUAUAAUCAACUUCCUCCGCGCAGAUUCUGCUGAGAGACAACGAGAAAGAAGAUUCGCCUGUCCCUUCUGCGGGAAAUGCGUACGCUCCAAGGAAAACUUGAAGUUGCACGUAAGAAAACAUACUGGGGAGAGGCCGUUCGUUUGUCUUUUUUGCGGUAGGGCUUUUGGCGGCAAGAGCGAUUUGACGCGCCAUCUUAGGAUCCACACGGGUGAGAGGCCGUAUCACUGUGAUAUGUGCGGAAAAUGCUUCGCCAGGGCUGACUAUCUCUCGAAGCAUCUCACUACUCACAUAAAUACUCCCCGCUAAACGAGAAUCGGGUGAAACUGUGGAAAUAUGUUGUAGAGGACUAUAAGGUUUUAGUUUUUCGAUACAAUGAAAAAUGAUCACGAUGGUGGGGGAGCCCAAGGGGGGAUUUUGGGAUUCACUCUAACGCGAUAGAUAAACAUAUGAGGGCAUACCGUGUAUCCUGUUGAAGCCGUCUACCUUAUAUGAACCCUCAAUUAAGAGCGGAACAAGUAGGUAGCCCAUCAUAUUUAUGAAAAAAAAAGUCGCGCGUCAGAAAUAUUCGGAUGCGUCACAUCUCUCAAUUUCGAGGUAAGAAGGGUACAAAAUCUGACCAUUUGAGUGUAACAUAGGGGAGUAGAACGGUCACAAAAUUGCAAACUAAACGUUGCCUUGACAUUCUCGAGCGUGUUUGAUUCUUUUUCAAUCCAGAGGAAAUAAUGUUAGAAUCACAAAAAUGAUAUAAUCUGACGAUUUUCACAAGCCGAAGUAACAACGGAGCUCAGCAGUGAAACUCUAAGAAUGCUUGAGCGGUGAGGUCCAUAAUCCACGCGUUCAUCUUUGAAUCUCUCCGAUACGCAUUCCAUCCUUCUCUGCAUCGAUUACGUCACAGGUGUCUCUCUCCCAGUCGCUAAAGUCUCUUUGAAAUACUUACCAAUGACGCGUGACCUUGAAAUGCGCCAGAACCUGCUUUGUUCUCCUACUAUCAACAGACGCAAAUUUAGGAGGGGGUAUGUGGGAGUGUUAUACAGAGCUUUCUUUAACAUUCACCACAAGACUACUUUAUUCAUGACAUCUGACAAAUAGAGGAGUACAAGUACAAGUGACAACGAAUCGUGAAUUACUGGCGACAAAAUCAAAAAUCAAUGACGAACGGAUACCUAAAAUAAAAGCAUAACAUUCAAUUCAACAUUCCAACGUGUUUUCAGGUUGACUUCCUAAGGUUAUUACUUAUUGUAACUUACUGUGAAGCGUGUGCAGAAUCUAUGUCAAAUUAUAAACGGCGCCCAACGUGGGGCAAUUCUAUCGAGUUAAUUUUGUUUCAAGUAUGGAGUGUACCGACUAACUCUGGAAAUUCAUGUGAAAUAUCAACAUGAGAAAUUAGGUCUUCUUUUUAAUCGAACAGCGAUCAAGGUAUGCCAAGGGUUCUCUACCUGAAUGAAAUGGGUAGGGCUGAUAAAAACAAUACGCCGGCGUUGCCAAAAGCGGUUUCACAAAGGAUAUUCAAAAAAGUAAAUAUAAUAGUUCGAUUAGGAGCAAUACUACAACAUACAAGUUUACCAAUUUAAUUUUUUUUUAUCCUGAUAAAAAUGUUUGCCCGCUUCAAUAGUAAAUUCAUUCAAAACGAACCUGAACAAGCUGAAUGGAAAAUUGAAGAUGGAAGUUUCACUGGAGCAAGUCAGCAAGUCAACUUCGUCUCCAAAAUGGAUUAAGUCAAUCGAAAGAACGUUUAUAUGCCUAACUAUAGUUUGGAAAUCUAGAAAAGUCAUUAGAAGUUUCUAGAAGAGCAUGAAAAUUCGGAAGAUCAUGGCUUUACUACACUCUAAAACAUGAUUGUAAGAAACGCAUUCUCAGUCGAAAUAACUUAGCCAUUCUCCAAGCAAUCUUUGACAAAGCCAUACUAUCUAGGCCUAUAAAAAUACAUAAAUAACCUCAUGUGGACCAAAUGAAUUUUCAUCGGCCAUUCUAAACACACAAGAUAUUAUAAAAAGUCGACACUGAACAGCGAUGUACUUAGGUCUUGUAUCACCAAAUUAUAUUUUAUGUAAGGGGUAUUCUGAUUCUGAAAUUGAAACCUUGUCCCAUUUUCAUUGUACCGAAAAUUACAACCGUCUUUCAUUUUACAAAGUUCAUUCAUAUUUCUACAGGUCAUAAUUUCGAAAUUUGUUAGAUUACGUUGCAAUAUAAAACAGCUCUGUUGAGUUUCUUCUGAAAUUGAUAAUUAUUUUCCAAAAGCACUCAGAGUGGUCAAAGGUUCUGUGAAAUCUGUGAAAGGUGUAAUAAAGAAUCACAAAUAGAAAACUAUAGCAAAAUGGUUUUUGUUGUGACCACUCUGUGUACUUUGUUCACUUGCAUUUAAUUUACACUGAAAGUGCCUAUAACGAAGCGAUUCGAAAUUUGAAUUUGUUGCUUCAAGGCUUUUCAAUGAAAUCACUGUUUCUGCAAUAACCACACAAAGGUUUUCAAUGAUUCACGAAAAAACUCUGGUAUCAAUGUCUACUUUCGAAGUGUAGCUACCUAAAAAAAACAUUCAAAUCAUUCAAGUGAUUGAGGUUUUCGGUUUUUGCUUCUGGAAACCUUUCAAUCAUCAAUUAAUUGGUUGGAGUAUCAUAGAAGUGUAGGUAUACUUCUGGCUCAUGUAACAUUCUUACAGUAUUUCUCCAACGAUUUUUUUAAACUUGAACACAAAUCUACGGAACGUUACUUAGCUUAGAGGUUUUUGCGUACAAGACAUGAAAGAACAAUCACAAAAUAAUUGCCAAUAUUCAUUUCGAAGAGUCACUUUGAAAUAUCGCGUCAUUUAUAAAAAUUUAAAGAUACUAAGAUCAUAUUCAGAUACUUAUACAAUAUAGGUUCUUUGAGCGUUUGUAUACUCUAUAAGAAUAGCUUCUUUGGGCGUGUUUCGCUAUUCAAAAGCACCUUGGGGCAUGUCUGUACUUAUACAGUGUAGCUUCCAUAAGCAUAUCUAAAAUGUAUAAGUAUAGCUUAUUCAGGUGUGUUUCGCUAUACAAUAGCUUCUUCGGGCGCGUAUGUACUUAAACAGUAUAGCUUAUUCGAACGUAUAUAUAAGUAUAGCUUAUUCAGGCGUGUUUGGCCAUACAAUAGCUUCUUCAGGCGUGUCUAUGUUUAUACAGCGAAACACGCUUGAAUAAGCUGUACUCAUACAGUGUAGAUACGAUUGAAAAAGCUAUACUGUACGCGCGAAGAAGCUAUUGUAUAGCGAAACGAUUCUGAAUAAGCUAUACUCACACAGUAUAGACACGCCUGAAGGAGCUUUACUGUAUAAGUAUAGACACGCUCGAAGAAGCUAUUGUAUAGCGAAACACGUGUUGCCUUUUUGUAAAACUGUUCAAUGAAAAUCUGGAAACUCGUUUUGGAAACUCGUAAUUACUGUUCCAGAAUAUUGAAACAUAUAGUUCAUAGUGUUUUAAGAAGUUACGAUAAAUAAUUGGUAUUCUCUGAUUUUUGACCAAUUCUGUGAAUGAAAAUAACAUUGAGAAGUUUAUGCAUGAAUGGUAAAAGAAGUGUAGGAGUAUUGGUUUGAAAAUGAUCAUUGGUAUUUUGUUACAAAGGAAUAAAAAGGUAAGAUUUUGAAAAUAUAAUAUUAGAGGGAUGAUUUUUAAACAAGGAAAGUAGGCACUGUCUGCAAUGAAUACUAAAAAUGAAAUUUAAUAUUUCGUUAUUGCUGAAGGUUUAAUGCAGGUGUGUUUGACAUUUUCAUGAAAGUAGUUGUAAUUGAAAUCAAAUCUCACCAUAUUAUUAUUAAAGAAAAGUCUAGUGCUUCGAACUAUUGAUUUUGUUGAAAGGCCUUGUUCGCUAUACAACACUUAAAAUUCCAAUAUCACCUUCCAAUUUUUUAACUUUAUGCACGGAAAUUGAUCUACACCGGACACAUAUGCAUUUACAAAUGCCAAAUUUCGUGCAGUCGUACAUUAGCCUUUUCUCCAGACUUGGAUCAAUUAUUGAAUUUACUAGAUCAGUUCAACAUUUUUUCUGUACCGUCCACGUGCAAAGUGUUCUCUCACUGGAUCAAAACUAUAACUGAAAAUCAUAAUCGUAGAUUCACCACCGUGGAAAGCUCUGAUCCACAAAGAAAACACUGUUGUAUAACCAGUUUGAGAAUCAUCGAUUUACCGUUUAUUUGGCUGUGAUUAAACUUUAGGUUUGUUGUGAUAUGCAGUGUAUUAUUUUUAAUUUUAAGGGAGUUACCAAAACCUAAGCAAUAUGAAAGUGACAUCGACGUGAAGUUAUUAUCUAGUCAAGAGAUACUGUGAAACUUGCCGUCACCGCCCCCUCCCCAGUAUGUAAGAGAAAUAUUAGCAUACAUAGUGACUAUUUAUAUAAACAUGUCGUGCCAAAAAUUGAUGUACCACGUACCUCAAACGAAUUAAAUUGUAGAUGUGUAGUUUGUGUAUUGAACUAGUAGAGUUUGGAAAUACUUUCCUCCAAUUUCUAUUCGCCUACUUGAUUUUUAUUUGUUUUUUUCUGCAAUUCGUGAGCAAAACUGUUUCAAUGCGCAGAAAUGUUAUUCAGAAAAAGAAGUUUUAUCAAAAAUACAAAAAUAUCUCAAGUUCGCAACCGUUUGUUGAAAUUUCUACCGGACGUUUCGCCGGCGCGAGAAACUGGCAUCUUCAGCGAUCAGUGUUGUCGCUUCCAAUCAGCCCUUAGAUUCCUUAGAAGCUUGAAAACCCGAAACUACCAAGAGUUUCAACAGAUGGCUGCGAAAGUCCAAAUUUUUACUUGUGCUCCAUCCUCCACACGCAGGUUAUUUUUAAUCACGGUUGUACAUAUGGAACUCUACUAGUGUCACUUUACGACAUACAUCAAUGACUCGAACUCACAGGAAUGCGAUACACUUUGUUUUCCAUGUGGCUUUAUAAACAGAUCUAAAGGACUCAAGUCAGGUGACUGAGGACGCCACUCAAUUGCACUUCUUCAUCGUUAUAUCCAUGUCCAAUCUUCAGAAGGUAUGGAGCCUGAAAUGACAACAUUUUCAA